CGACCAGAUUAGUUAUCAACCGACGCUUUCAGGGAACGGCAGUGUUCUGCGUCUCUCUCUCUCUCUCUCUCUCUCUCUCUCUCUCUCUCUCUCUCUCUCUCUCUCUCUCUCUCUCUCUCUCACUGAAUGACGGUUAAAAUGAGAGGAGGAUGUGUGAGGUUCGAGCGAAUGCUAAGUCGGAGCAGCUGAUGGACGCUUCGGGUCCUGUGGCUCACACCAUGGAGAAGGAGGACACGGAUGGAGAAGAUCUCUCUCUGGAGGAGAUUUUAACGCUGUACGACCAGCCGAUUAACGAGGAGCAGGCGUGGGCUGUGUGUUAUCAGUGCUGCAGAGAUUUAUCGCGUUCGGAUCAGCACAGGGUUGUCAGAGGACCAGGAGAUGUCAGGAUCCAUAAAGACGGAGCUGUUAGGAUAGAACAAGGGAAAGAGCACUCGGCAUCCGCUGUGGAUAUGAAUGUAAUCGAGUCUCUGGGCAUUAUGAUCUAUAAAGCAUUGGACUAUGGUCUAAAGGAGAACGAGGAGAGAGAGCUCAGCCCACCGCUUGAGCAGCUAAUCGACCUCAUGACCAACAUGACCGAGCUGAACCCUGACCCUUGCCCUGAUGAAGGCUACGAAGCUACAGAGGAUGAGGAGGACGAAGAACUCCACCCGAGCAGCGGGGUUCGCUGUUACCGAGAUGUUCUUAAGCUGUGCACGAUGCACCUCCCGAGCCCGGCCGACGCCCCAGAUCACUACCGGGCCGUGUGUCGCGCACUUUAUGCUGAAACCAUGGAACUGCGGACAUUUCUGAAAAAAAUCAGGAGCGCAAAAGAGAACCUGCAGAAGAUGGAAGGCGACUCGACCGUCGAUUCGGCCAGAGACCUGAACGAGCUGCAGAACGCAGACUGGGCACAGUUCUGGGUGCAGGUGAUGAGGGACUUGAGGACCGGCGUAAAGCUGAAGAAGGUGCAGGAACGGCAGUAUAACCCUCUGCCCACCGAGUUUCAGCUCACACCCUACGAAAUGCUCAUGGACGACAUCCGCGCCAAACGCUACAAACUACGUAAAGUCAUGGUGAAGGGAGACAUUCCUCCUCGGUUAAAGAAGAGCGCACACGAGGUCAUCCUGGAGUUCAUCCGAUCCAGACCUCCACUCAAUCCUGUGGCAGCACGUAAGCUAAAGCCUCAGGUGGAACGUCCUCCAAGCCUCCACGAAAGGAUCCUGGAGGAGAUCAAAUCCGAGAGGAAACUCCGCCCAGUGUCACCUGACCAGAUUCGCAGGAGCAGAAUGGUAAUUCGGCCGCUUAGCACGUCUCAGAGUUUUGACUCCUCAGAUGUUUCUGCCCUCGAUGCAGCGAGAAAGGCAUCCAGUUCACUCUCGUUAGCUAACGGCUCGUCGCUCCGAACAAACGGCGCCAGCGGCUUCCAGAGGAAAAGACUCCACGCUCCCACUCUCGCCGAACUGGGCAGCUCGGACUCGGACGAUGAGUCAGUGGGUCAAAAGUCAGCCAGCAGCUCCAGUAUCUCCACACCGAUAGUCGAGGACACGUCACCGGAGUCUGCGGUGGGAAAGAAGACCCCGCCCAUGUUCCUGCCCAUCUCCUCCACACCGCAGCCAGAGAGGAAGCAGGCAGCACAGAGGAGGCACUCCAUAGAGAAGGAGACGCCCACCAACGUCCGGCAGUUCCUCCCUCCGUGCAGACAGAGCUCCAGAUCCUUAGAGGAGUUCUGCUUCCCAGUGGAGUGUUUGUCCCUCACGGUGGAGGAGGUGAUGCACAUCCGACAGGUCCUGGUCAAAGCCGAGCUAGAGAAGUUUCAACAGUACAAAGACAUCUACAACGCUCUGAAGAAAGGAAAGCUCUGCUUCUGCUGUCGAACUAAACGGUUCUCCUUCUUUACCUGGUCUUACACCUGCCAGUUCUGCAAAAGACCUGUGUGUUCACAAUGCUGUAAGAAGAUUCGUUUGCCUUCUAAGCCGUACAGCAGCCUACCCAUCUACUCUCUUGGCCCGUCUACUUCCACACUGUCCCGAGACAAAACAGAGAAGACGAGCACAAGCCAGCGCCGGCCUACCCUUCAGCGCACCAUGAGCAGACUGUCCAAGUCAUCACGUCAGUCGUCAGCUUCAUCUUCACGCGAGGACAUCGAGCUACCCAAAGACUUGACUGAAGACUGGAGCACCAUGGAGGUGUGUGUGGACUGCAAGAAGUUCAUCUCUGACAUCAUCUCAUCCAGCAAGCACAGCCUCUCCCUGGCUACCAAACGCAGCCGAAUGAAGCGCAAGACGCACUCGUUCAUCGAGUCCUCGUCCACAGGAUCCGAAUACCGACCGUCCGAGAGAACCAUUCAUGAGGUCUAAAACACGCUAUUAAAGAAAAAUAAAUUGGCCUAGAUGACGUCAUUCCUAAAGUGGAGUCUUCGUGUCUCUGUGUUUGUCCUGGAGAUUACUACAACGUGAGCUGUUGGCUGUGUAUUGGGUGACUAAAAUAUCUGAAGGACGACUUCUUGAAGAGAUUUGUUCAGGUGUACGUACAAGUCGGCGUGUGUUCAUAAUCAGUCAGAAGAUAUGCAUGAUGUUUUUGUUGCUGUUCCUGUCGACAGUCCAAAAUGUCUCCACAUUUCCAGAGUUCCUGAGACAAAGUCUGUCCCAUUCAGAAAACAACAUAAGGGAAGCUGUCUUUCAGAAAUCCUUCAUUUUGUACAUAUCUUAAGGAAAGAAAAAAGGAAAAACUGUCACUUUGACUCAGGAAUACAUCUACACAAACAUCUAUCGAUAUUUUUGAACUUUAAAUAUACACGAUCGUUUACGACAGGAACGAGUAGUUGAAUAAUUGAAUAGUUUUUAAUAUCAUCACCAAAUAAUCCCCAAUUCUAUCCCUGGUGCUUGUCCACUACUGAACAGAAAGAAAAUAAGCUUAUUGCUCUGUGAUCACAACCAAAUCCAAGGGUGCCAAUACUUUUAUUUAUUCAUACAUCAUAGAACAUUAUGUGCAAAUAAAUUUAUCAUUCAUUAAAUUUAGUCAGCUGCCAUUUUUAUGGUUUGCUGUUUAGCACCGCUGCUAAACAAGUAAGAAAUACAGAGGCUAGUUAAUGACCGAGGUGAAGAAUUUAACUAGCUAGCUAGCAAGUAACCUGGAACUCUUUUGUUGUAAAGGAUGUAAACAAAGUAAGAACACACAAACCAGACGAAGCUGUAGAGAAUGUCAUAAUUUACCUCAGACGUCUCGGUCAAUUACUCAAAAAAUGCUCCGUACGGCUAAAAUCACGAUCGAAAUACAAUUAGCUUCGAAUGCUAACUCGGCUUCUGUAAACACACGCGCCUUUUAAAAAAAAUAGUGACACUGAGGGAAAAAGUUAACUGUAAAUAUCCGAAGACGUCAAUACAGGGUUGUUCGUGUUGAAUUUUCUCAAGGAAAACACUAAAUUAUUCAGUAAAUAAAAAGUAGACUUGUGAAGAAGUUUUCUGACAGGAUUUUUCCUCCGUGGUAUAAAACCGAUUAUGGACACACGCCUCGUCGUACCCUGGGAGUCGCGCGAUGUACGACGGCCUCGGUUUCGUCGUGUAAAUACGUGUAUUUGCUGCAGGUGUACAGAUCGUUGAUCAAGCUGUAUUUAUUUUUUUAUGAAUCAACUGACAUGCUGUUAUUUAGCCAAUGAUGUGGGAUGUUGUAAUGAAGCCUUGUUGCCAGUCCUAGAUUAUUCAAAUCCUCUUCGAAUAACCUAAUCCCAAACGACGUAGUGAUGAGAUGUUUACCAGCGGCAGUGCUGUUUGACGUGAAGUGUCACCGGUAGCCAUGUUGGUUCUUCACAUUAUCUGGUAGUAAAUAUAAAACCCUCCAUUUAUUUAAAGUCGUUGGUCUUUAGCAUUUGUCUGUCCUUUGUUUUUUUUCAUAUAAACAUCGUCAAUAGUAUUUAAUUGAAAUAACUGAAAUAACUAAAUUGUGUUUUAUAAAAGGACCUAAAUGUACAGGUUGUCUGUUUGUUUGUUUUUUGUAGUCUUCAUAUAACAAACUGUUUAUUUGCCUUAAAGCUACUAACUUUUACAAGUCUCUAAACUUAACUUAUUCUUGUUUAUUCUCCAGAACAUCGAGAUAUUAAUCAUCUGCACAAAUGACCAUAUGUCUCAUACCGAAGACUCGGUUUUGAGUGACGGUGUUUUAUUUAAGUCAGGGGUUCUCUAAAAAGCACAACACAAUUUUAUCAAAAUAUCUUCAUAGAUGAUUCGGCAAAUCGACGUUACAUAACGAUUUCUCAACUUGAACAUAACAGUAAAUAACACCCUUUUGUACCUCAACUAAUACCUUCUUUAAGGAACCUGAAUCAUUCGACAGUUUUUCUGUGAUUACAGGUUUUCGUGUUAUUCUUUUAAAAGUUUAUGACCGAAAAUUGUAAUAAAUUUUACGUUAAAAAUGCGCUUAUUUUCUGCAUCGUUUCACAAUACGUUAUGACAACAUAUGUCAUAGCAAUAAUUUACUUCUUAGAUGUAUAACACAAAUUAUUUUCACUGUAAUAUUUAGUUUUUCAUUUACUGCCAGAGUAACUUACAGGAUUGCUUUAAAACCGCUAUAAAUAUAUAUAAUUAAUUUUAUUUUUGCCAGAGAACAUCAGUGAUGCCUGGUAGCUUAUUUGAGAGAGAAUUUUUUUUUCCCCUUACAGAAAUAUUUCCUUCAUUUAAUCUUUUAAUCUCAUUAAAUCUAAUCUGCUUUUUCGCCUUAUAAUUAUAGCCUUCCUCUGUUCCAUAAAGCUACUGAUGGUUCACGGAUUCCUUACUGCAACUGGAGCGAAGCACAACACGACUAAAUCACACCAGAGUCCUUAGACUUGAUAUGCUGUUUUAAUUAUUCCUGUAAGGACUGACUCACCAGGACGUGGUGAGUUCAGAGAACCACGAGGCACAAUAUAGACCUGUGAGCAAGACCUUCAUCGUUUCAUUUCAACAGGCAUUCCUACCAAACUGGAUCUGAGACGGAACCACAUGGAGUUCGGUGUCCGCACCGUGUUAUGCAUUUCGGUGCAUGCGAUUAUGAUGGACUUUCCUCGUGACUGAAGUUUUUAAGAAAGACUUGCGGCUAAAUCCGUACCUUCGUACGAACGACUGGCAAUUGCAUGUAAAUCUGUGCUUGUGCUUUGGAUCUGUGACUAAUUAUUUUUGUUUCCCAAAAUCUGGACGAUCGUAAUAAACAAAUGCAAAAACCUUUAA